AUGUAUUACAUUCACAGGCAAGCGGAUGUACCUAAAGCUAUAUAUGAGGAACCCGUGAAGAAAGCUGAAGUAACCUUCCGAGUUCCUCCCGAGUACGUCCCAAGUUCCUCCCUAGCACCUCCCAAGAACAUCCUGAGUUCAUCCACGAGGACAUGCCGAUUACCUCCCGAGUUCACCCCGAGUACCUCCCGAGUACCUACCGAGUACAUCCCGGAGUUCAUUCCGAGUCUCCCAAAGUACAUACCGAGUACCCCUCCGAGGACAUCCCGAGUACCUCCCGAGUGCAACCCGAGUACCUCUCGAGUAUUUCCCGAGUAUCUCCCGAGUUCAUCCCGAGUACCUCUCGUGUACCUCCCGAGUACAUCCCUAGUACCUCUCGUGUACCUCCCGAGUACAUCCCUAGUACCUCUCGAGUAUAUCCCGAGUACAUCCCAAGUACGUCCCGAGUACCUCCCGAGUACAUCCCGAGUAUCUCCCGAGUUCAUCCCGAGUACCUCUCGUGUACCUCCCGAGUACAUCCCUAGUUCCUCUCGUGUAUAUCCUGAGUACAUCCUAAGUACGUCCCGAGUACCUCCCGAGUACAUCCCGAGUAUCUCCCGAGUUCAUCCCGACGCGAGUACCUCUCGUGUACCUCCCGAGUACAUCCCAAGUCCCUCCCGAGUACCUCUCGAGUACCUCCCGAGUACAUCCGCAGUACGUCCCGAGUACCUCCAGAGUACAUCCCGAGUACCGCCUGUGUACCUCCCGACUGCCGAUCCCCCUGACGCGGUUGCGAGUUUUUACGAGGAGCUGCAGGGAGCCCCAAAGGGCAACGACACGUAUGAAGAAGUUAAGCAAGGAAGAGCUGAUGACCCUCCAACCACAAGAGACGCAAGACCUCCAGUACCCUCGAGAAGAAACCUACGGAAGUCAAUACGCCUGACCCCGGUUGAUCCAAAACACCAGGUGUCGAGUGAAGACAACACGCACCCGCCAACAGUGCCACCCAGACACCAGGUGUCGAGUGCAGACAACACGCACCUGCCAACAGUGCCACCCAGACACCAGGUGUCGAGUGCAGACAACACGUAUGAAGAAUUAAACACCGAACACCGAUCUCAACGAAGCCUCGAGGAUCAAUGUGACUCACGACGACCUUCCGACACCGGCUCCAACCAUAGUGGUUAUGAGAUGAUCCCCGACGCAGACACACUCCGGAAGUUACGACAGCGUGCGCAAAAGCGUGCGCAGAUAGACAAUCAACCAAAACAAAAGCGGCUGCUGUUUGGAUGGAUGGCGAAGAAAGCGAGAGGGAAAGCAGCGAAACAAACUGAUGCUGAUGUGAGUGACAAGACUCAAGUGCGUGGUGCCACAGUUCUGGGAGGUCAAGGUCACCGCUCAGAGGAAUCCGACGUAGAGCGUUACCGUGAUGACGUCGUCAACACCAAACCAGACCCGCUGUACGUGAAUAAAGGAGACGGUGACGCCACACAGAAAAGCCAGUCCUACAUUGACAUGUCCAACAUCGUCACCUCGGGUCCAGCGUAUGAGGAUAUGACCGGCGAUCUCCAGGGUUCAAUUUCUGGACGAAAGAAAUCGCAUCGUCGGUCGCCAACGCUUGGAAGACAACGACACUUCCGGAAGAUCGCAGAAAGCCCAGGGGCUGGUUGCUAUGACAACGUAGGACCUCUCAAAACCAAAGCCGAGGAAACCGCUGACUACUCGAAUACAGAGACUCGGUCAGCCGACUCACGUUAUAACGAGGAGCCGAUGCAAGGGGAGGCUGACACGUCACAACAGGGAGUGGAAGAAGACAGGGUGAAGGAGGCUUCAAUUUCUGGACGAAAGAAAUCGCAUGGUCGGUCGCAGACCGUUGAAACACACCGACACAUCCGGAAGAUAGCAGAAAGCCCAGGGGCUGGUUACUAUGACAACAUAGGACCUCUCAAAACCAAAGCCGAGGAAACCGCUGACUACUCGAAUACAGAGACUCGGUCAGCCGACUCACGUUAUAACGAGGAGCCGAUGCAAGGGGAGGCUGACACGUCACAACAGGGAGUGGAAGAAGACAGGGUGAAGGAGGCUUCAAUUUCUGGACGAAAGAAAUCGCAUCGUCGGUCGCAGACGCUUGAAAGACAACGACACAUCCGGAAGAUCGCAGAAAGCCCAGGGGCUGGCUACUAUGACAACUUAGGACCUCUCAAAACCAAAGCCGAGGAAACCGCUGACUACUCGAAUACAGAGACUCGGUCAGCCGACUCACGUUAUAACGAGGAGCCAAUGCAAGGGGAGGCUGACACGUCACAACAGGGAGUGGAAGAAGACAGUGUGAAGGAGGCUUCAAUUUCUGGACGAAAGAAAUCGCAUCGUCGGUCGCAGACGCUUGAAAGUCAACGACACUUCCGGAAGAUCGCAGAAAGCCCAGGGGCUGGUUGCUAUGACAACUUAGGACCUCUCAAAACCAAAGCCGAGGAAACCGCUGACUACUCGAAUACAGAGACUCGGUCAGCCGACUCACGUUAUAACGAGGAUCCGAUGCAAGGGGAGGCUGACACGUCACAAGCAGACAACCGGGGAGUGGAAGACGACAGGGUGAAGGAGACACAUCUUCCCGAGGGGGACACAACGUCAGCCUAG